AUGAGGCCAGUAAUUUGUGUUGAUGGAAGUCAUUUGAAGGGCCAAUAUAAGGGAACACUACUAGUAGCUGCAGUGCAAGAUGCUAACCUACAAAUAUAUCCUUUUGUGUGGAGUGUUGUCGAUGGGGAAACAAAUGCAUCGUGGUAUUGGUUCUUUGCAAAGUUGAAAGAUGUCAUUGAUGAUUCAAACCAGCUAGUGUUUGUGUCGGACAGAAAGAAGAGUAUUAAAUGGGCAAUUACGAGGUUGUUCCCACUUUCUCACCACGGUGCCUGCAUCUGGCAUAUCGAGAAAAAUCUUAUUGCAAGGUAUAGCAGUAGCAAUGUCAUCUUCUUAUUCAAGCGGACAGCGCUAGCAUACCGCGUAUCGGAAUUUGAUCAGUUUAUGACACAGAUAAGAACCAUUCGACCGUCAAUGGCAUCUUACUUGGAACGUGCCGGUAUAUCCACCUGGUCACGGGCACAUUUUAUUGGUAAUCGGUAUAACGUUAUGACGAAUAACAUUGCGGAGUCACUGAAUUCAGUCCUAAGGCAACAAAGAAGUUUCCCUAUAAUCUCGUUAAUCGAAAAUAUUACGUCAUUGAUGCAACGAUGGUUCUAUGAGAGAAAAAGUGCAUCCACGAAAUGUAGUACGACUGUGACACCAAAAAUUGAUGAUGAAUUGAGAAAAUCAUUCGACGCCGGUGCAACUUUACCAGUACGAAAUUUGGACGAACUCGUUUUUGAGGUAGGUAUAGCUACCGAACUUUGUACUGUCGACCUUAUAGAAUAUUGGCGAGCUGCGUACAAUGAAGUUCUUCACCCCGUUGGCCGAGAGUCAGAUUGGGUUGUUCCUCGGUCUAUUUGCUCCGUCGAAGUUUUGCCCCCGAAUAUAUGUAGAGCACCAGGUCGACCUCCUACCCAACGUCAACGGUCAAGAACUGAAAGGUCCACGUUGAGACGAAAAUGCUGCCGAUGUGGGGGUUCUGGAUAUAACAGACACAAUGUGGUAAUGGAUACAAAAGCAACCUAUGAAUGA